AUGGUGAGUGCCUUGCAUUGCUUCUUCACCAUUUUAGUAAACACGGAAUUUGUCAUUGGUAUUUGGGGGAGUAGAUUCAUAAUACUGGUGAACUGCAUUGACUGGUUCAAGAAACGAAAGAUCUUCUCAGUUGAUGGAAUCCUCACUGCUUUGGCGCUCUCCAGAAUUUGUCUGAUUUGGGCAAUAAUGAUGAGUUGGUUUGCAAAGGAUAUUUAUCCAUCUUCACACAUGAAUAUAAUGGAAGUUGUACUUAUUAUUCUCAGGGUUGUGGCCAAUCAUUUUAGUAACUGGUUUGCCACCGGCCUCAGUCUCUUUUAUUUUCUCAAGAUAGCCAAUUUCUUAAAUCCUGUCUUUCUUUGCCUGAAGCGUAGGUUGAUGGUCGUUCCGGUAAUGUCGCUGCGAGCAUUAGUGUUCUUAUCUUUAAAUCUUACUAUAAUAAGUAUGUAUAUUAAUAUCCAGAUACAUCCAUGUGAAAGAAGUAGGACUUUGAGUUCUAAAAGGAGCAACACUAAAAACAUUUCAAAACUGAUUGUACUCACUCUUGGAGCUCUCAUACUUGUUUCCAUAUCUCUGAAUUUUUUUAUCCUGUUCAUCUUCUCCCUAUGGAAACAUCUCAAGAAUAUGAAGCACAGUGCAAUGGGAUUCAGAGAUCCUCACCUCAAGGCCCAUAUAAGAGCCAUGAAAAGUGUGAUGUCUUUCCUGUUACUAUUUGUUGUUUAUUUCCUGUCUCUUUUUAUAACAAUUUUCCAUUCUGAGGUGAUGCAGAACAAACUGGUCCUUUUGCUUGGCCAGGCUAUUAUAAAUCUUUAUCCUUCUGGCCACUCAUUUAUCCUGAUUCUGGGAAAUGGUAAGCUCAGAAAGGCUUCCCUUUCGGUGCUGGGGCAGCUGACGUGUUAUUGA